AGUUUUCGUUGAAUUCCGUUAUUAUGGUUUUAAUUUCUAUUAAUUUAUUUUGAAAAAAAAAAAUCAGUUGUGCGAAACAUUUUGCGAUUGGUAUUACUUUGUUUGUCCGUUGAAUUUUGUAUGUUGAAUCUUCGUGAUUAUCAUUAGGAUUAGGUAGAAGACAAGUGUGAUGCCAUCGUAUAAUAGAAUAGAAGAUAAUGAUUGUAUGCUGUCCAUAAACCGUUCGUGUGACAUCUUAUCUCCUUUCGCCUCAGCAUAAUAAGGAAUGUGAAGUGUGCCCGAAUUAAUAUAACCUAUAAAUGAGCUGAAUAUUUUUGAAUUAUUUAAUAUUCCGAAAUGUUGGAUAGUAAAUUAUUGGCAAGUAAAUUCAAAGGAUGUUUACUUGGAGCACUUUUAGGAGAUUGUUUAGGGGCCCCGUACGAAGGAGAAGUUUUGGGAGCUGGAGCAAAAAUUGUCUUACAAAAGUAUUUUGAUAAACUGGAAGGACCAUAUUUUAAAAGUCCGGUUAAACAAUAUACUGAUGAUACUGCAAUGACAAAAUGCAUUGCACAUUCUUUAAUCAGUCAAAAAACAUUAAAUCAGCGUGAUUUAGCACAACGAUUUGUUAAGGAAUAUUAUGCUGAACCAAGGAGAGGUUAUGGCAAAGCAGUUGUUGAUGUAUUUCAUAAAUUGCGAAUCUCAAACUUUGAAGACCCUGUCGCACCAGCUAAAAAUCAAUUCUCAGGUUUUGGAUCUUAUGGAAAUGGAGCUGCUAUGAGAGUUGCGCCAAUAUCCCUAUUUUUCUCAAAAAACUUCGAUCAGUUAGUGGAAAUGGCUAAAAAAUCAGCUGAAAUAACUCACACACAUAGAUACGGAAUGGAUGGUGCAGUGGUGCAAGCUGUCGCAAUUUUUCAGUGUCUGGAGACCAGCUCAAGCACUAUGGAUGUGAAAGAUUUUAUUGUCAAGUUAAUUGAGAAAGUGUCUGCUGUCGAAAGCAAAUCUGAUGAAAUGCUUGGGUUACCAGAACCUCCCACAUAUGUGAAACAAUUAAAUUACGUAUCAGAAAUGUUAGAGAAAGAUGAAGUACCUCAAGAAACAGUUAUUCAAAAGUUAGGAAAUGAUGUUGCAGCACUUUAUUCUGUACCAACGGCAAUUUAUUGCUUCUUGAGAUCUCAAAAACCUAUUAAGGAUAUUCAGAGUGAUAAUGUAUUUCGCCGUGCUCUUCAAUAUGCAAUUUCUCUGGGUGGAGACACAGACACUAUUGCAAGUAUGACUGGAGCACUUGCUGGAGCUCAUCUAGGACACGAAGUGAUUUCUCCGAAUUUAAUUAAGCACUGUGAAUAUUCAGAAGAAAUCAUUAAAUUAGCAGAUGAAUUAUUAGUAUCCAGUCGGUAA